ACUUCGUGAAUGAUCGAUUUCUUCAACAAAAUUGCUGGAUUAUUUUAUUAAAUAUAAUAUACCAAAAGAAAAUUUGAAUUAGAUUUGUGGGUUUUCAAGUUUGAUCUGACAGUAGGAGAAGGGUCAUGUUCCAGGUCUCUUUCCAUCUUAGUUGUUGACUGAAAAAUUUAGAUUUAGAAAAUUUAUGAAAUGGUAGACAAAGUAAACAGAGAAGGAACCGAGGUGUUUCCCCUAGGUCAUCAACAUAGAGAUAGGAGCUGAAAUAGUUUCAGUUCCACAUGAAGCUUAGCUGGUUCCAUCUUGCUGUCUCAAAUGCAAGCGAGUGGGAAUGCUGGUAAUUUUCUCCAAAGUCCAGGCCAAUCCUCGCCUAAUACAAUUCGGAAGCUCAGGCGCAUGAGGAAGCUUAGACACGCUACUGACGAUGAACUCGGCUUGUCCUCCACCGAUCGUUCUUCUCCCUCUUCCGGUUUGACGCGGAAGUCGCGGUCCUCGGACCACUGGUCCUCCUUCGCCGUUCCAAUACCUCUGCCGCUCCCUGAAUCUUCCGUGCUUCGAAGACCGGACUCUUCGGGUUCCAAUCCCGGUCAUAGUCUCCAAUUGCCGGAGGAGGGGCUUAGCUCUUCGUUAGGAAGGAGGAAAAACUCAAAUCAUGUCACCAAAAUUUCAGACAAAUCUUCAAGUCAUUUUCUUAAGGGAGACUCUAAAGAUGUUAAUAAUAGGAGGAGCAGCCCAACAAGGGGUUUCUUAAGUCCUGCUGUUAGCCCACAAAGAUCAAAUACAGCAGGUACUGAUCUUUUUUCUUUGCCUGGCCCCGAUUCCAAUUCUUUAAGCACUCGUCGUAGGGGAUUCUCUCAUGAUUUAAAAGUUGAUCACCCAUUAAAGUUGGAUGUUUCUCCCAAGAGUGCUCCAACAAGUGUUUUGUCAAGUCCUGCUGUUAGUCCUCAAAGACCAAAACCUGGAGAUCGUUUCACUUCUUUCUGGGCUCCUAAAGAAAUUCAGGCUUGGUCAACUGUAGAAGUCUUAGACUCGAGUAGGAAUUGUACUUCACCGGUCUCACCAGUUAGAACAAGUGUAUAUAGCGCUGAUCAUUCUCCCCUCCACAGCCCCACUAUGCAAAGCCCAAAAAAGAGCCCCAGAAGUCCUAAAUUUUAUUUCCCAUCGCAUCAUCAAUCACUUCCACAGCCUGAACUUGAUCGCCUUUCCAGUGCCCACAAAUUGCCUCUUCCUCCUGGAGCUUUGGCAGCACCACAAUCAUCUAUGCCAUCCCCUGUGAUUCAUCAAGUUAUUGAAAUGCCAAAUCCAUUACCAAUGAAGAAUCAAUGGCAAAAAGGAAAACUUAUUGGACGUGGUACUUUUGGAAGUGUUUAUAUUGCAACCAACAGAGAGACGGGAGCUUUAUGUGCAAUGAAGGACGUUGAUAUCAUCCCUGAUGACUCUAAGUCUGCUGAAUGUAUAAAGCAGUUGGAGCAGGAAAUUAGAGUUCUCCAACACUUAAAGCAUCCAAAUAUAGUACAGUAUUAUGGAAGUGAAGUGGUUGAUGAUCACUUUUACAUAUAUCUGGAGUAUGUUCAUCCCGGAUCUAUUAAUAAAUAUGUCCGUGACCAUUUUGGAGCUAUAACAGAAUCUAUAGUUCGCAAUUUCACUCGACAUAUUCUCUAUGGGCUGGCUUACCUGCAUAGCACAAAGACAAUCCACAGGGAUAUUAAAGGUGCAAAUCUGCUUGUUGAUGCAUCUGGUGUUGUAAAGCUUGCAGACUUUGGGAUGGCAAAACAUCUUACGGGAUUAUCAUAUGAGCUAUCUUUGAAGGGCAGCCCAUACUGGAUGGCUCCUGAGGUGAUGCAGUCUGUAAUGCAGAAAGAUGCCCACUCUAAUCUUGCUUUGGCUGUUGACAUUUGGAGCUUAGGUUGUACUGUAAUUGAGAUGCUUACUGGUAGACCUCCAUGGGGUGAGCUUGAAGGGCCUCAAGCUAUGUUCAAGGUCUUGCAUAAAACCCCGCCUAUACCAGAAACAUUAUCUUCAGAGGGAAAGGAUUUUCUCCAACGCUGCUUUCGAAGAAAUCCUGCAGAUCGACCAUCAGCUAUGCUGCUACUUGAGCAUCCUUUUGUCCGUAACUCAAAUGAUCAAAAUUUAUCAGUCUUGGCGCAGGGUAUUUCGAAAAUGAACCUAACGGAUAGAUCUCAUAGUCCAAUAGACCGUGCUGCACAGAAAGUUGAUUUUAUACCAAAUUCGCCAGGCACACCACCACGUAGAGAUAGGAAGCAGCCUUGUAAUAGUGAAACCUUUCGCCAAUGUUAUACAUUUAACUGGGCUACAGCUUCUCAUCACUCUCCAUGUUCUACGCUUGGAGUAAAUCGUUCUUUACCUACAGGUCAAUUGAUUCAUAAUUCACAUAAUUUUAGUCCCUCGUCAAACGACUCUAGCAAUAUGGCCCUUGGUGCAGUGAACAACCACCCUUGUGCUCUCUCAAGGACUCAUGGAAGGGAAGUUCCACACAUCUGAUACAUGUUAUUGGUUGAAAUUGAUUUGGUAGUGAGCCGGGGAGAGAAGCUAGCAAGAGGCGAGAAGCCGGUUUUGAUUUUGGGUUUAAACUGAGUAGAGGUUAAAUUUUAGUUUUUCAUUUUUAACCUCUAAUUCCUGCUAUGUAAAUACAGGGUGUAUUAUGUGGGAAAUCAACACGGCUGGAUGAGAAAGCUGGUACCUUGUUGUUUAGUAGGUUUUGUGUUAGUGUUUGUUGUAUAAUGUAACCAGGAAGAAAAAUUUAGUGUCAUGUUUUGGACCUUUGGUUAUGUGACAAAGGAGAUAAAAUAAGCUGAUAAAAAAUUGGUGACAUUAUUUUCAUAUUUUUGUCCAAAUGAAA